AUGCAGCAGCAGAGGGGCCCCCAAAGCCCGGGGGCCCCCAUUGCCUUCAGGGGCCCCCUGACCCCGUGGGGCCCCUGGGGGCCCCCCAGGAGUGAGGGGCCCCCCACACCUUCCCCGCAGCAGCAGCAGCAGCAGCGGAAGAGGCAGGUGCUGCUGCUGCAGCAGCAGCAGCCUGUGCAAAUCGGCGGCAGCUACGCGCAGCUGCAGCAGCCGCAGCUGCAGCAGCCGCCGCCGCUGCAGCAGCCGCAGCUGCAGCAGCCGCCGCAGCUGCAGCACGUGCCACAGCUGCAGCAGCUGCAGCAGCUGCAGCACCCGCAGCAGCUGCAGCAGCUGCAGCACCCGCAGCAGCUGCAGCAGCUGCAGCACCCACCGCAACUGCAGCACCCGCCGCAGCUGCAGCACCCGCAGCAGCUGCAGCAGCUGCAGCACCCGCAGCAGCUGCAGCAGCUGCAGCACCCGCAGCAGCUGCAGCACCCGCAGCAGCUGCAGCAGCUGCAGCACCCGCAGCAGCUGCAGCCCCCGCAGUUGCAGCAGCUGCAGCACCCGCAGCUGCACCCACAGCAGCUGCACCAGCAACAGCAGCUGCAGCAGCAGCAGCUGCUCCAGCAGCAGCAGAUCCAGCAGCAGCAGAUCCAGCAGCACCAGAUCCAGCAGCAGCAGCUCCAGCAGCAGCAACUCCAGCAGCAGCAGCUCCAGCAGCAGCAGCUCCAGCAGCAGCAACUCCAGCAGCAGCAGCAGCAGCAACUGCUGCUGCAGCAGCAGCAGCGCCACAUACAUUAUGGAGGAGUUUCCUGGCAGCAGCAGCAGCAGCAACGCCCCAUCCAAUAUCCUGCUGCAUCUCCUGCUGCUGCACGCACGGCUCUGCCGCUGCAGCAGCAGCAGCUGCCUUCUUGGGGCGUAAGCCCCCAGCAGCAGCAGCAGCAGCAGCAGCUGCAGCAGCUGCCCUACAGCUACGGCCAUCCCCUCAGCAGCAGCAGCAGCAGCCCCGACGUCUCUCUGUGGGCAAACUCCCCAACUCUGCAGCAGCGGCAGCAGCAGCAGCAGCAGCAGCAGCAGCAGCAGCGAGAAGUAAUCUUUGUGGAUGGCGAUCGCGUUGAAGUGCAGUACGUACACUGCGUAGGGCUUCCGGGCAGCAGCAGCAGCAGCAGCAAAAUCCGCGGCAGCAGCAGCAGCAAAACCCGCGGCAGCAGCAGCAGCAGCAAGAGGCGCAGCAGCAGCAGCAGCAGCAGCAACAGCAGCAGCACCGCACUCGGCUCAACGCCAGCCACGCAGCCCCCAGCAGCAAGGACUCCGUGGACCACAAACAGAGGAAGCAUUCGCAAUCCUGGCAGCAGCAGCAGCAGCAGCAGCAGCAGCAGAGGGGGCAAAGGCAGGUGCUGCAGCGGCGGUACGGGUCUAGCCCCCGGGACGGGCGGCUGCGGUGUAUCCGCUGCAGCAGCAGCAGCCACUGGCUCUGCGGCCCUCCGCUGCACGUUGCAUUCGCUAUCUAUUCGUCGGACUGCGCCUUUGUGGAACCCAACAUCAGCAGCAGCAGCAGCAGCAGCAGCAGCAGCAGAAGCACCGACUGUGUGGACGCGGCGGCGGCUGCGGGCCUUCGACUUGCAGGCGAAAAAAGAAAUUAAAAAACAGAAAACAAAACAUGGUGCUGAGGCGGAAGCAGAGAGAAGCCUGAGGCACCAGCAGCAGAGCCGCCAGCAGCAGCAGCAGCAGCAGUGGGAUUGGGCGUUGCAGCAGCAGCAGCAGCAGCAGCAGCAGCAGCAGCUGUGGCUGAGGCGUCCGGAGGACGCUUAUGCCUUCAGGCACGGCUACCCGCAGCAGCAGCAGCCGCAGCGCGUGCACUACCCGCAGCUGCAGCUGCAGCAGCAGCAGCAGGCGCUGCUUCAGCAGCAGCAGCAGCAGCAUCUGCUGCAGCAGCAGCAGCAGCAGCAGGCGCUGCUGCAGCAGCAGCAGCAGCAGCACCUGCUGCAGCAGCAGCAGCAGCAGCACCUGCUGCAGCAACAACAGCAGCAGCACCUGCUGCAGCAGCAGCAGCAGCAGCACCUGCUGCAGCAGCAGCACCUGCUGGACUACCGCAUGCAGCAGCCGCGCGGCCACAUGGCGUGGCCGGCGCCGCCGCCAGCAGCAGCAGCAGCAGACGUCCAGCUGCGGCUGCUGCCUGCAGCAGCAGCAACAGCAGCAGCUGCUGCUCCUGCCUUUGCUGCCCCUCCUUUUCCCGGGCCCCGCUUUCGGCCCAAAGGCCCAUAA